CUGCGUGUGUGUAUAUAUGUGUCCCAGUCUUGUUUACACAAGCUCAUCAUACAGUACUCGCAUCAUAUUUUGCAAGUGUGUUAGAUGAAAAUUAACAAGUACAAUGGAUAAUGACAGUGAUGGAGAGUCACCAGAAAUAAAGCAAACAUUAUUGGAAGAAGAAAUACAAAAAGGAAUAAUCGAUGAAAAAUCUAAUAAUAAAGUAUCAAAAUUAGCCUCUGCCCCAAGAGUUAAAAAUAGAGCUAGGAAAUCCAUACCCCGUGAAUGUUUAGACAAAGAAGACUGGAUUAAUUUAUUAGCAACUCCACGUCGCAUACGUACUCCACCACAAACUAAAAGUGAUAAAAACAAACGAGUGACAUUAAUACGCGAUAAAUUAUCAGAACCUCCUCGUCAUCGCAUUGUCUCAACUUUACGAGAUCGUAAAAAUAUUUUGCCAGCACCGCUGAUAGAUCGCUUAAUUAAUAUAUUGGAGUUUGAGGACUCUCUAAGCCCAGAACAAGCGGAAGAGUUAUUCUUCGACACAAAGAAGAAGAAAAAAACGAAAUUAAAAACAAUUAUAUGCCGUGGUAAAGCGAUAAAAGCAUCACCAGAAACUGAUGAAUUUAAUAGAGAUGCAGUGCUGUGUCAAUAUAAAUUAGCGGAAGCAUUAGUACGCAGCAUUCUCGCUUGGGAAUGUCCAUUACCCCGUGAAGAAUUCAAAGAUAUAGCGGAAGUAAUAUUGAAGCGGUUAACUGGCGUUAUUAUUAACGGGUCACACUCGGCCUUGGACGAGGACGAGAAAGUGUAUCAGCAAAUGCGUAUUAUCUCUGACAUAGUGGCUUGCUGGGUCUCUGGCAUUCUCAUUGAAGUCGCUCAGAAUAAUGAACAGCUGCUGAGGGAAGAGUGCGAAGAAAGGAAAAAGGCCGCUGAAGAUGAUGUGUACGAUGACGACAGCGAUGAUGUUAUUGAUGAAUAUUCAACCGACUCUAAUCUGCUCUAAGCUCUAUCUAUACUCAUUCCACAAUAUAAUACCAAUUUAUUUUAUUAUUUUAUUUACUAGUCUAUUAGUAUUACUACCGGUCAUUAUUUAUGAUCUUGUUUUAUGUAGUGAAAGUUGCCAGGUAGCAAGCGGUAGAUGCUAUCAUUUCUCUCGCAUUUUUUCUAUUAAUUUUAAUUAUUGAGUUUAUUAAUUUUGUUGGUGUUGCGGUAUCUAUUCUGCUUUCUAGUCGAUUAAGAUUCAUUAAUUUUUAUUUUUAUUUUAUUUAAUGCUACGUUAUAUUAUGCACAUUUCAAAUCUUCAGUUUUACAAUAUUCAUUAUCAUUUUAAACUGAAGGUUUGACAGUUCCGCGGCGCGACGGUAUCCACGCUCUCAUUUCCUCAUUAUAGAGGUAUAUUUCAUAUUAUAACGAAACAAAUAUAAAAACCCGUAUAGUAAGUACCGGAAUAUCUGGUUUCAUGUCAUGGAGAAAGCGACAAUCAUUUUAUUUUUUUUUAUUCUUCACUACUCCUACUGCCGGAAGAUAUUGAUAUUCCAUGAUAUACAGAAUGUUUAUCAUCAUCAUCAUUAAUUAUUAUAAAUCUUAUCUUAACGGGUCAUAUAUAAAAUCAAAGAAAUUUUUAAACGAAAUGAAAAGUCAGGAAUAAUACGCAGAAAAAAAG